UGAGGGGCCUCCCUCGAAACGACUUCACUAUUUGGAAAAAAUUGGCAGGACAAUCGCGUCCGGGAGCGCCCUGGAGGCGCAACGAAGGCACCAGCAAACCACGGUAGAAUAAUGGCAUAACCAUGGCAAGGUAGGACCUAGGGCAGAAGCGUUCUGGAAUGCUUGCCGCGGGCAGCUAGAUACCUGCGCAAUGCGCUUCGAAUAAGCAUCGUAGAAGACUGGCACAAGACUAGCGGACCCAAGACAGAGUCAUCCUGGAACCGUCUCGAUGCGGAUGAAUGACCUAGCCACCGCCAAGCCACGGACCCAAAAUCCGUUUGCCAAACGACACCCCUAGUCAACAGAUGGGCCAGCCACUCUGGAAGCUUUUCUUGUUUGGACCACACACGCGCGGCAACGCAGCUGACACGCCACAGCCUAAUCGACGCAGCUCGAGCAACGACCCAGUAUCACGUCGCCCAACCUACGCCUCCCCUUGAAGACGAGGAGAUCCUCUGACAGGUGUCUGGAAGCUUAGAAACUGCCCGCUGCCUCCACUGGUGAAAACAGGGGCGGCGUGGCAGGCCGGCCGAUGCGUCGAUAAGUGCACGCUGCCCCAGUCCAGUAUUCUUGACUCUCCACACGUCCUACACACAACGCAAAAAGAGCAGCACUAAGCAUAAGAGCAGCACUAAGCAUACGCCGACUACGCUCGCUUGAAGCCCCAGCCAGCAGCCUACUGCAUGCCGUGAACAGGGCUGCAUCCAGGUUGCGAUCAGAGGGACGGAGGAAAUACAGGGCCCCUCUCAGUGGGGUGAGGGAAAGUCCAUUUCUCAGAGCGCCCCGUCGCCCCUGGGGGGCGACGCCCACAUAGAAUGAACGUGUCUGGCUGAUGCCGGUCAAGCCAUGACUCGGCGAAGAAAAACCGCACGGAAGCUCAGUAGCUCGCAGGUGUACCAAGAACCUGUCGCACGGAACCUCGCCAGCUCACGACGCACCGUGCCGGGGCCAGUGCAUCGCAUGCUCUGGAGCGCGGAGGCAUGCGUGGCGCCAAGAAAUGAGAUUCUCCUUUAAAAGACGCCUCCCAAUAAGAGGAGGGAGAGUGGCAGCAUGAGCAGGACUUCUGCUCAUGUUGCCACCUCAGGGAGAUGAAGCGCAUCAGCUGGGUCAGAACAGCUAGACCCUCAGUGGCGUAUGCAAUGAGUCUCUAGAGGUUUCUGCAUUGAAUUGGAUACCACCUGCGCCGCUGCAUCGUUGGAUGAGCUAGGUUGCAUGCUCUACUUGAAAAACACCGUUUCCGACAGCGCUUACUCGAAUGCGCCUGUUCACCCGAAGCCAAACUCACCCAUCCACCUUGAAGAAUUGCUCGCUCCCGACGUCAUCGUUAAAAUUGGGUGUUGCGGAAGACCGCACUGGACACACCUCGUGCCAGGGCGGACGGCAACGACACAAGAUACUCCAACGGGUAUUGGACAGGGCUGCAGGGAGGGUGCGGAAGCGGAGGGGACAGAAGAGGAGACGGGGUGAGGUGAGGAGGUUCCUGCGCGGGGUGUCCACAGAGAACAAGAACCCCACUUUGAAUGUGAGGAACAAAACAUACAGAAGCCGCUGCCACUCCCCAGCGCUGAGAAUCUACUUGGCGUGUUGAAUGGAAUACGCGCAGUACACCAGAUAUGGAAAAAUCAGCUGAGCAAAUGUGGCACAACCACAAGAAGCAACAGCAAACACGGACACCUUCAGCGGUCGUAUCAGCACGCGCUCAUAGCUGCUUUCGUUGACGUGUGAGAACGCGGCAAAAUCAUACAUGCACCACAGCCUCGUCAAAUACUCCGGUUGCCAAAGCACAAGAAGGCCUUCGGAGUUGCGCAGAAAGACCCCGAGUUGCUUGAUCCCUCACGCCUUCUUGGUAGAGUCUGUCUGGUUGAUGCAGCACUUGUCCAGAAGGCGAAGACUCCCCCACACAGGAAUGGUCUGCCCCAAUCGCAUCGCCAAGAAGAAUAUUAGGCUGGAAACUACCCAGUGCGCCUCCAAUACCCUCACACUGAUACGUUGACCAUCCACGAUGUGAAGAAUGCAUGGUGGGAGAAAUUGGAAAUCCCACAAUCCUGAAGACUGCAGACCUCUCAUCACGAUUUGCGUCGCAACGGCAGCGACCACGGCGCGGCCCGCGUUCAUCUCGUACAUGAGGCAAACAAUCUUCAACCACGCGGGCGUCUGCCAAGAAUGGCUCACGAAGUAGUGCAAUGCACGUCACUGGCCUGGACAGCGAGAACGCUGCCUCGGACCCAUCACCCGACAAUGGCUAAGGCUGGCACGGCGCGCUGGAGUUCAUUGUUGUGAACUGCCAGGGAGCAGUCCAUCUCCAACUGGCUCUCUUCGGUAUCCGUGCGACCGACCUUCCUCAAGAAUUCAGCUUGCGGGCUGGAGCGGGCUUACCCAUGGUUGGGUCGAUGACUCCGACGCACGUGUGACAGUUAGAUAGACCAAAUGCUUCUGGUGCUCACGGCCCUGGACUGGCCGAAUCUGCUCAUGAUGUGCUCCACUUCCGGCUCAUCCGCCGCAGCCUCUGGAUCCACCACGGGCCGGGUGGUGGCCGGCGGCAACGGCGGCGGCCCGCGGCGGCCGCGGCCUCUCGGCGGAAGCCUGCCGAACACAGCGAGUCGCCCGAGCAGCGCCGGGCGGCGCAGGGGCGAGCCCCCGACGCACACACCGCCCGCAGCGCGGCGGUGUGGCGCGUCCAUUGUCGAGGCCGCAAGGUCCAGCUCUGUCCUCCAGGGGACCCUGUGCCAGAAACACCAGCCCAAGAGGAUUGAGCGGGCGUCGGCCAGGAGGCUUGAGCUGAAUGUGGCGAGCAGGGUGCGAGAGGAAACUUCUGGAGGAGCAGUAGCCUGAUCGGCGGCGACGACCACGGCGGGCACACCACCCCUGCUGCGCACCCCUGCGCCCCAAC